AGAGCCCAAGGCGCUGAGCCUCGAAGGUCAGCAUUGCUGGUGGGGCUGCAGGGGAGGAGGCAGGAGGCUACCCUAGGCUAUAGAAUUUGUAGUUUUGGAAGAAGGGAAAUUCUGAAAUGGCAUGCACUGGCAGGAGAGGUCACUGGAAGGACUGAAAGUAAAGGAUUUUCUCCGUCUCAUUGUCCAUUUACACCAGACCGUAAUCUGGGUUGAAUCAGUACAAUUCGAAGUGUCUGCGGACAGACUGCAAGGCCGCCCAGAGCUGGCCGAGAACUGGUUCCGCAACCCAGGGACCUCCCCAUUGGUUGUCGUGGACUUUAUUGUAGUCAAGCUGCAACAUGUCCUUCCACCAGAAAAUUAAAUCCCUCAGGAAAGAGCUACUCUCUUUCCCCUCCCCGCUCCCUGCCUAGCCUAGCUAGAGGACACUACCAAAAGAAGGUCGAAGACGUGCAGGGCGGUGAGAAUAGGGAAGGGAGGAUGGGGGUGGGGGAGGGGAACGGGGGCGGGGAAUGCGGAUGGAUCUGUGGUGGUGCUGCGACAGUGGGAUCACCUUGAGACUGCAGCGUUCGAAAGCCACAGAAGAGCUUCGCUUUGGAGCAGGAAACAUCGUAAUUUCAGCGCUUCGGAAGGAAACGCCUGCGCCGCGAGCAACAUGGAUGCAGGCAGAACAUCCAGUGAAAUUACAUACCGCACUCUUCAGGACCAGCAGCUGUUUGCUGCCAUGGCUGACAGCUUUCUGGAACAUAUGUGUCGUUUGGACAUCGACUCAGAGCCCACUGUUGCCCGAAACACCAGUAUCAUCUGCACCAUUGGCCCAGCCUCCCGAUCUGUGGACAAGUUAAAAGAAAUGAUUAAAGCUGGAAUGAAUGUGGCUCGUCUAAAUUUCUCCCACGGAACUCAUGAGUACCAUGCAGAGACUAUCAAAAAUGUCCGAGCAGCCACAGAGAGCUAUGCUUCUGAUCCCAUCCAUUACCAGCCUAUUGCUAUAGCCUUGGACACCAAAGGACCAGAGAUCCGAACUGGACUCAUCAAGGGCAGUGGCACAGCCGAAGUGGAGCUAAAGAAGGGCAACACUCUCAAAGUCACCUUGGAUGAAGCGUUUAUGGAGAAGUGUGAUGAAAAUGUCCUGUGGGUAGACUACAAAAACAUUUGCAAGGUGGUGGACGUUGGUAGCAAAAUCUUUGUGGAUGAUGGGCUCAUUUCUCUUCUUGUGAAGGAGAAAGGUCCGAAUUUCCUUGUGACUGAGGUGGAGAAUGGCGGCAUGCUGGGCAGCAAGAAGGGUGUCAACCUUCCCGGGGCAGCUGUAGACUUGCCUGCUGUGUCUCAGAAGGAUAUCCAAGAUCUGCACUUUGGAUUAGAGCAAGGCGUGGACAUGGUAUUUGCAUCUUUCAUCCGAAAGGCAGAUGAUGUCCAUGCAGUUAGGAAGGUCCUGGGAGAGAAGGGCAAAAACAUCAAGAUCAUCAGCAAGAUUGAAAACCACGAAGGAGUCCGAAGAUUUGAUGAGAUCCUGGAAGCCAGUGAUGGCAUCAUGGUUGCUCGGGGGGACUUAGGUAUUGAGAUCCCUGCAGAAAAAGUCUUCCUUGCUCAGAAGAUGAUGAUUGGAAGGUGUAAUAGAGUUGGGAAACCUGUUAUUUGUGCCACUCAGAUGCUUGAGAGCAUGAUUAAGAAGCCACGCCCCACACGGGCUGAAGGCAGUGAUGUAGCCAAUGCUGUCCUGGAUGGAGCUGAUUGUAUCAUGCUGUCUGGGGAGACUGCCAAAGGGGACUAUCCAGUAGAAGCUGUGAAGAUGCAACACUUGAUAGCUCGAGAGGCUGAGGCAGCUGUAUACCACCGACAACUUUUUGAAUCACUUCUCCGAUGCUCAACAUGCACAGAUACUGCAGAUGCCAUGGCAGUGGGCGCUGUAGAGGCCUCUUAUAAGUGUUUGUCCCCAGGUUUGAUAGUUCUGACGGAGAGUGGCAGGUCUGCUUUUCAGGUAGCUAGGUACCGUCCCCGGGCCCCCAUCAUCGCUGUUACUCGUUGUCCUCAGGCUGCACGCCAGGCUCAUUUGUACCGAGGCGUUUUUCCUGUGCUGUGCAAGGAACCUGUUCAUGAAUCAUGGGCUGAAGAUGUGGACCUCAGGGUUAACUUUGGCAUAGAAGUUGGUAAAGCUCAUGGCUUUUUCAAGAAGGGUGAUGUGGUCAUUGUACUGAAUGGUUGGCGUCCAGGUCCAGGUUUCACCAACACUAUGCGUGUGCUGCCAGUCCCAUAAAAGGGCAUUUGAAGAUCUUCUUGUGGGUGACUUCAACACUCUCCCUUCCCUGCCCCUGCCUGCAUCCAUUAGAUCUGCAGCUGUUAUUGGUGUUGUCCAUUCCUAACUAUAAGAGGCUUUAGACUGCUAAAACACCCUCCCCGCAAAAAAUUAAAGUCUCGUAAAGAAACUUUGUAUUAGACCUAUUUUCCUCCCCACUUAGAAACAUCAGUAUCAGUUUAGCACAUCCAUGGUGGCAUGUAAAGAUAGAGCAACUGUGGCUUAGCUUGGGGUACUGCAGAUCAUCUUUGACAUAGGGAAUUAAAGUAACAUGUAUCAGUAUUGUGUUUUAAAUUGAUCUAGAUGUCCUUCAUGAACACACAAGUAGGCACUAGCCACAGUCCCUCUAAGUACAAGUCCUCAAUGUAUAUGGGCCUCUACGUCUUUCCUGAUCAGAGGAACUACCCUCCCUUUCCCCACCUCCAUCGUGUAAAUGAAAGUGUCUUCAUUUCACACACUUGCUAAAAAUGAAAUAGAAGCUGAAUCCAGCUGCUGAAAACCAAUACAUUUUGGUGAAUAAUGUGAUAUUUAGCAAUGGUGUCCUAUGGUAAGGUACUCUUAUCUUGAGGGGAGGAAGAAGCUUCCAGUCAUAAGCCACUUUUUUUCCUUCAUUUGGAGGAGGGAGCCUAGGAUUGGAAAGGAAAUUCUUCCCAAAAUAGUCCCCACUGUCCCCAAGCAGCAGGCCUUACUACACGCCUUGCCCCCAGCCUUUUCACAUUAUGAGUGUCCAUAUUCCUCCAAUAUUUCUCUUCUAUUUUCAAUUUGGAACAAACCCACACUCCUAUUGUACUGUAUUUGGCUGUAGAGUACAUCAUUUGUCAAUAAACACAAGCUGAAGCA